CUUUUAACCGGCCCCGGGGCCUCACUUGGGGCUUCAAGUUUGGAGCUGCUCCCGCCAAAUCGCAACCCCAAGGGUCAAACCUGAGAACUCGCUUCCUCGUCCUGCAUAUUGCGACCCCGGUUAUGGCCAAGUACCGAACUUUCUUUUCUCUCAGCCCGCAAUCAUGUUAGUCGAUCUGCACGUUCCUGCGAGCCGGGCCUCGAUCGCCCGAUUUUAUUAAGAGUCUAGGCACAGCCGUUGGAACCCGUCGACACUUGAUCGUGAAUGUCUCAAGCUACAAGUAAACGACCAUGAGCGCAUGAGGUAGGUUGGUGAUAUCGGUCUGCUGGCUCUGGCAUAGGCCAUUGUUGCUGUCGUCGCUUUCUGCGCGACCUUGUUUUGUAGCUGACACUCUUCUUCCCUUCCGGCAUUCGUUGGUCAUGUCUGAAACACCAUCCAUUGACACCCUCAACAAACCACUCACUCUUCCUUGCGGCCUGACCCUUCCCAACGUCCUGGUAAAAUGUCCCAUGCAAGAGACAUGCGCUGAACUACCUCACUACGAUCCGCCUAUCGAAAAGUUCCGUCAUCUUUAUGGUGACUGGGCCGAUUCUCGGUAUGGAAUGCUCAUCACAGGUCAAGUCCAGGUCGAUCGUCGAUUUCUGUCACUACCUGGUGAUGUUUGCUGCCACGAAGACUCACUGUCAGCACCAGUAUUAGCAAAGUGGAAAGAAUGGGCUCAAGUCGCCCAGAGUGGAGGAACUCCUUGUGUAGUGCAGAUCGGACAUCCGGGCAGAAUGAGUCCUACAGGCACCGGUAUUAGACCUGCAGACAUGCCACCCUUGGCUCCCUCCUCUGUGCCCGUGAAGAUGGGCGAUACAUGGUUCGACAAGUUAGUACAGGAAAAACUUUUAGGCAUACCAAAGGAGAUGACCCAUGACGAGAUUGACGAAGCGGUUGCCAACUUUGUCCGAGCUGCACGUGUCUCCAACACCGCAGGUUUCGCCGGGAUUCAGCUGCACGGCGCCCAUGGAUUUCUCAUCUCCCAGUUCCUUUCCCCCCAUACAAAUCGACGCACGGACGAGUACGGCGGCACCCCUAGCAAGCGACUACGUUUCUUACAGCGGCUCAUUGAGGAGAUUCGCGCUGUAUGUCCGCCCCGUUUCUGCGUCGGCGUCAAACUCAAUUCAGGAGACUACAUGGACAAUGGAGGGUUACGGCAGGAGGAAGCGCUCGAGCAAGUACGAUGGCUUGUCGAUUGCCGGAUGGUGGACUUUGUUGAGAUUAGCGGCGGCAUCGCCGAGAGCACAUCGUGCAAGUUGCACGACACCUUUGGUCACUACAAAAUCGACAAGGCUCCGAAACGGGAGAGCACUCGGCUGCGCGAGGCUUUCUUCACCGACUUCGCCGAGAAGGUGCAAGGUUUGAAGAGCCCAGUGCCCAUCCAGUUGAGUGGCGGAUUUCGCUCGCGGAAUGGUAUGGCCGAUGCAAUCGAUAGUGGUGCUUGCCAGCUGAUUGGGCUUGGUCGGACUGCUGUUUUACAGCCCUCGUUACCGAAGGAUAUUUUGCUAAACCCUGCGAUUCCGGAUGACGAGGCACUCGCCAUGCCCCAUGUGGUGCGUGGUAUGUGGUUAGCCGAUAUUAUGCCGUCGAAGAUCGUCGGUGCCGGGUUGGCUGGUCAGGUGUUUUACUGGAAUAUGAGGCGUUUGGCCAGUGGUUUGGCGAGCGAUCCUUAUGCGAGCAUAUCGUGGGUGUUAUUUUCGGACGCUCUGGGAGCAUUGAGGGGAUCGCUGAGCGGUGUGAGUCACAGCAUGAUGGCGAGGUUAAAGAAUUUGCUUACGUGGCAGAGGGUGAAGACUGAUUGAAGCUGAUAAUAAUGAGUCGUGCGGACUGUGCGUAGUGAUAUCCCUGUUGCAAAUGAUGUCUUGGUUACUUCACGGGUGGCAC